UUUGGCUGUACGUUUGAUCCUUCUCGCUCACCGUACAACCAUGUGGCUAUGACGCGUUGCUCUGAGUUGGAGAACUCCGAAGGCUAGAAGCAGACAGUUCCGUGCGGACCGGCUACAAUGAUUCGAGAUGACGAGUGAAACUUUAAAGAAGAGAUUUGAGUUUCCCAGCUCCUUCAUUCAGUCCCAGGCUGUAAGGAGUCUGGUUACUGCUGUACUGAAGGAGAAGGGCCAAAAGGACAAGAUCUCUGAGUCCAAUACACAGAGCCCGGCUCUGGUGGCUCUGUGGGAGCAGUGCAGCAGUGAGAGUUUGGUUGUGCGCUCGGCUUGCUGUGAUGCCUUGGUGCUGCUGGUGGAGCAGGGCCAUGCUGACCUGCACUACGUCCUCAACAGCAUCCUCAACCUCCUGCCCUCAGCACGAAAUGUACAAGGGCUGAUAAAGGUGGUUGGGAAGCUGCUACAGAUCCAAGCGAGUCAGAGGGAUAAAAGCACAUCCUUCUCUUGUCCGUACUCAAUCAGGAGCUGCCCUCAUCCGUACAUCACAGUGCUGGAGAAUCGGCCUGAUUGCUGGGCCGCUCUUCUGCAGGAGAUUGAUGACUUCAUCCAGCUGGCUGCUGACAAAGACGAGCCGUUGUUUAUCUCCAUGCUGGCUCCGUUCCUGCGGUACCUUUACUGUGAGCCUCAGAGGCUGUCAGAGAAUGCACUGCUCAGACAUGGACUGCUCCGAGUGCUGCUGCAGCGCCGGGAGAUCACUCAGGGUCACGGCUCAGCCUGUGCGCGGGUCACCCACCAGAUCCUGCACUGCCUUUUCAAUUUGUUCCCUCAUAUACUGGUGGACAGCAUUACAGCUGUGGUGGAGAUCAGUUCCAUGGCCGAGUCGCUAAGCUCUGCUCUGCUGGCCGAGCCUGAGCACUGGAGGACUGAGUUAGCGCAGCUAGCGCUGCAGCUCAUGUGUGUCUGUCACCUCAGCCUCCAGCUGGGAGGAGAGCUGAGGUCUUUACUCCACACCUUGCACUGUCUCCUGCCUGUCUGUAAAGAGCAGGGUCUCCCGUCUGAGCAAGUGAUCAUGGGGAUCUCGCUGCUCCUCCUUAGAGCCUCCGCCUCGCAGCAGACUGCUCUCCUGGAGCUCGCUGUAAAGCUUGUUCCACCUGAAGAGAGACCUAUCUGGGGUGCCUCAUUGCUGGUGAUGCCACUGCUGCAGGUGCUUUCCUGCUCCACUCUCAUGGAGGCAUUAACUGACUCUCAAACGCAGGCAAAGAAUCAAGGCUUGGCCACUUCACUGCUACAGACGAUUGAGAGAGAUGCGAGCAGUCCGGUUCAGAACAGUACGCAGCUCACUCUUCCUCUCAGCACAUGGUACAGUGAGCUGCAAGUGGCCACCAGUGUGUUGCGUCAAGUCUCUGCAGACCCCACGGCCGCCGUGGACUGGCUCUACUCCGUUCAAUCCACUCUUCCUUUGUGUGGACGUGUCCCUGAUGCUCUUCCUCUCCUGCUCACUCACCUGAUCCUCAGCAGCGAGGGGGAUCUCUGCAGACUGGCAUUGGACACUGCAGCAUGCAUCGCCGAGGCCGAUCCCACUCAGGUCCCGUGUCUGGUGCCAGUGUUGAUGUUUAAGCUGGGUCGAGUCUCUGACCUGACUCUGUCUCAUGCAGUACUCUUCACCUUACCAAAGCUGGGAACACACACGUUCUGUAUACCGCAGGUCCUGCAUGUUCUCCAGAUGCUCGCCAGCUGCUCCAAGUUGAGGGCCGUGGCUCUGCGGCUGCUUACUGCACUGUGGCAAAAACAGGAUCGUGUGUAUCCAGACUUGCAGAAGCUCAUGGCGCUGCUGGAGAAAUCCUCAGUUGUGGUGGGGAAAGAGGUUCAGUGGGAGCAGAUUCUAGCCAGAGCUGCCUGUGUGCGGGACAUCUGCAGGGAGAGGCCAUACCAACAUGGAGGAGACAUGUUGGCAGCCAUCACAGACACACUGACUCAGUGCUCCCAGAAGGACCAGGCCACUCCAGCAGCGCUGGCUUUGCAGGGUCUCCACGAGCUGUGCAGAGCUGAGGUGGUUGAUUUAGGCUCCACAUGGAGGGCGCUUUAUCCCAAGCUGGGCUGUGAAACGAGACCACUGGUGUUAAAGGCCAUAGCUGAGUUUCUCUCUCUGGUGCCCUCGCUGCGUGUCAAAACAGAGCAAUAUGAGAAUUUUAAAAGUGAAGCGGUCAGUGUUCUGUGGAGCUACACUCUGAGUCAGGAUGCAGAGGUAGCUAGCAGUGGCUACAGAGCCCUGUCUGAAUUCCCAGAAUCUUCUCACUCCAUCUUGCACCUUCCUGAGCCAGCCAGACCAGAAGAGAAGCAGCCAUGUGACCAGGAUGAGGAGGAGAAAGAGAAUGAGAAUGAAGAAGAUCUCACUGUUCCAGGCUCUUCAUACAUUAAGCUUGUUGAUUUCACACAACGGCCAGUUUUACCAGCACUUGAGACCUUCCUAACAGCUCUCAUAAGACAAGAGAUGAGCCAAAUGCCUCGUGGAGUAUACCAUUUAGCCCUGAGAGGUGGGAACUUGCGCUCUGACCACGGCAAAACUGUCGCUGGAGUCCCUGCCUUCAUGCUGAAAACGUAUGAGAAGAACAAGCAGCCAGGUCUGAAACCUGGUCUUGCAGCCGGUUUGCUGCUCUGUUACGACCUCCCUGUCCAGACUGACAGAGACGGACGACCAAUUAGCCGCUUCAUGGUCAGCAGAGGGCGGAGCUUCCAGCAGAUGUUAACCACCCUCAUCCAUGAGGUGAACAUCCAGCCUUCAGAGUGGCACCGCUCCCUUCUCCUGCCUCAGGCAUGGCGCGGCUUUUUGAGCCGGGCAUACCAUGCUGUCCUACAGGGGCGUAAGGCCGAGCUGGAGAUGCUGCAAAAGCAAGGGAAAGAGAGUCCUGAGGAGCUGCAGUAUAAACAGCACUGUGCCUGGCUCUGGGUCAGGGACCAGCUGACUGAUGUGGUGAAGGCUGCAGCCAAGGACAGUCCUGUGGUCCAGGGAAACUGCAUCCUUGCUCUAAGUGGUCUUGCUGUUGUCCUGAGCCGCCAUGAGAGCAGCCUUCCUGCCCAGAGCGAUGGACAAGUCGAGGUUGGUCCAGAGAUCCUACCCACUGCCCACUGGCUAUAUAUGGUGAUUGACACUCUCCUUAGCAUCGUGAGCAGCAGCAGUCGGCCCAAAGGACAAGUUUUCCCCUGGUUUGUUCAUCGUUCAUACUCGGGCGAGAACACAGCCAGUGCCAUUGCUCGCUCCUGUGCUGCAUUGGGCCUGGCAAUGCUAGUUCCUGUCCUGGUCACCUCACACAGGGAUGCAGUGCCCUCUAUACAGGACACUUUACAAGCAGGCCUGCCCGGUGUGCCCACUGCAGACGACUCUCAAGCUGUGCAGUUCCACAGCGGCUUGGCAUUAGGUAUGCUGAUGGCCUGGCUUAACGAGGAGAAAGUCAGUGACAUUGGUGGGCAGACCAUGUGGGAACUGCUGCUGAGCUCUUUGGAGCAUCUUGAAUCAUGCUGUUUCAACACCCAGCUGGAAUAUAAUUCUGGCUGUGUUCUUGGUCUUGGGCUGCUACUCAGCUCUCUCUGUAGCAGCAGUGACAUUGAGCAGCGAAUGCGUGUGUCUGUCUCUCUGGACAGACUUCUUCAGAGCUUGCAGGACAGCAGGAGCAUGGGACGCAUGCAGCAGGAGGUUUUGGCAUACUCUGUGGCAUGUGCUGGAGUGUCAGCGUUUAGUUGUGGUAUUAUUGAUGCCAGUAAAGCUGAGGAGGUGAUGAACACUCUGCGAUCCAUGACUGAGGAGAGCCAGCAGACUCCAGGCUUGGCCCUCGCUCUGGGCCUCACUGUGCAUGGGCUCUCGUCCAGCGGCCAUGGUAAAACUGAGGACCUCCACCCUCGCCUGCUGUCUGCGUGGACCAAGAUCCUGCUGGCAGAGGGCUGUCCGACUAUGCAGAGGCUGGCAGCUCUGAAUGGAGUGAUCGCUUUGGUGGGAUCUGAGACUGCUUUCCUUCAGCUCAGGAGUGAAUCAGAGCAGUCCCCUCAGCAACAGAACAGACUAAAUGAGGUUAUAAGAUCUAUCACACAGAUCAUCUCUUUCUCAGGAACAAUAGGUCUGCAGUCUAAUGGAGCAUGUCUGGUGGCUCACCUGCAUUUGGCUCACAUGUCCAGCAGCCACAGUAGAACUGCAGUGCCUCAAGACUUCAGCUAUCUCCCAGAAAAGAGUAUCCUCAGAGCAUCAGUGUUCUAUAUUACUGAAGCUGGAAGGAAAGGACCUGAGACUAUUGCUCCUGAUUUGAUAAAAGUAGUACUGGCUCCACUGGCCACAGUGGGCACUAGCUUCCAAUAUCCACCUGUUAACUGGAGCGCCAUCCUCUCGCCUCUGAUGAGACUCAACUUUGGUGAAGAAGUGCAGCAUCACUGUUUGGAGCUGGCUGCCAGUCAGGUACAGACUUCCUCCAGUGCCUCGCUGUUCCUGGGUGUGUGGCUCGCACCUCCUCUGGUCCACAGCCUCAGUCAACACACCAGAGCACUCCUCUAUGAAAGCCUGUGUUUCUGGAUGAAGCACAUAGCAGAUGAUAAGCUGCAGGUGUAUGUGGAGAGUUUGGCUGUACAGCAGUUUAAUCCAGACCAACGAGCUCAGUGUCUUUCUCUCUGCCUCUCCAUCCUGCAUGGCCUUGCUAAGGCUAUGGCUCUACCCAACCCUGCCCAAAGCUGCUGGACUAUCCUGUGUUCCACCACUGAGAAGAUUUUUCACCUUUUACCUGAUCACAUACAGGCACAUGAGGUGAACCUCUAUGAAGGGAUCUGUUCCUGUUUGUCAGAAAUGAGCGACACAGAGAUUGACAGGAUUGUCAAAGUCACUGAGGCCAAUGUGGAGAAGACCACCUUUAUUCUGUCCUACUUAAGCUCAAAAGGCAGAAUUCCACUCCUGGGCCUCAAUGAUGUCAUCAGUACCGUUUUACAGAAGGGGAAACCAGAGCGAAUCAGCUGGCUGCUAAUGCAGUGCUUCUACCAGUCACGUUUGGCCUCUAGCCCUAACACAGGUGUGCCCAAACGAAUGGAAUGGCUUCUGGAGUUGAUGGGGCACAUCAGGAAAGUGCUGUAUGGAGCACCUACUGUACAAUAUGAUAAUGCCAAAAAGGGCAUCAGUUUCCUGCUGGAUGUUUUUGCAGCUGCCGUGGUGUCAUGGGCAGACCACCCCAUGCCUCUUCUGAUCGGCAUCCGAGCCCAGUGGUUUCCAUGGCAAAAGUUAUCCAAACACAUAGACUUGCCUCAUGACCUCUACGUGAACACUGCAUCCACCGAGGAGUCAGUUAAACAGUGUGUGCUGGCAGUGUCAUACAGCCUAAAGCACCUGUUGGCCAAAGAGCCAUGGAAAGCCCAGUCACAGAAGUUCAUUGACUGGCUCUUCAGCCUAACCGAAGCUCCUGAGGAAUGUUUAUCGCAGAUAGCCAGAGCGGCCUUACUAGCAUUGAAGUCUACCCCAGAGUUCAAGAAGAAGACCGUAUGGACGAGAGCGUAUGGCUGGUGAUCUUCCAAAGGAGUGCUUUAUAAAAGUACCUGUAUCAUACAGGAUACACAGUAUGCAUAUAUGCGUGUCCUCCACUGGAGGACCUUCAAUUAGAUUUGUCCUUGUCUACAUGUCUGUCAAAAACUGUUUCUGUUUUGUAAAAACAAAAACCGUGGACACUUUAGAGAAAUGAUCCAGAUUAAAACCUGAAACAGUAAUGUUCCAUACAGUAAAACAUCAAAGCACUUCCAUGUUUCACGUUGACCUGAAAAUUAUUAGCAUGCUUUUGGAAAGACACUGUUACAUCAGUUUGAAUGUAUUACCAUAAUAUACCAGUGCCAAACUGACAUCAUUUAGACGUUUACUACGAAAAUGUGCAGCAUUCAGUCUUAUUUUAUUGUUAUUACGUUCCAUUUCUCUGCUACCAUGUGUGUGUGAGUGUGUGAGAGAGAGAAUGGGUAAAUGAGAAACAGUGAAAAGUGCUUUGGAACUGCUAAGGUUAAAAAAAGUGUUAUAUAAGUGCAGACCAUUUACCAUUUCAAGUGCCAUGUUGUAUAACUGUAGGUAUGCCAUAUCCUCUUAGUCUUAAUUGCCAAAAAUAUGUGAAUGCCGAUGG